CAACAGUAUCUCGGGGCCAGUGUGACUAUUUCGACGGGCACGAUGUAUCGCUGAGAGUUAUUUCGCGGCUUAUCCGCGAUGAAAAAAUAAAACGGACAUAUCAGUGGUGUGAGUGUAUCGAUAUCAAUAAAUUAUCCUUGACAAAAUACAGAUUGUGGACAUUGCCGUAACAAAAGGGGAAAUAAGAGGUACAACGUAAAAUUCUUUAGUAAAAUCUACUUGGGCGACCGUCCACCUCACCUACUUCCUCCCGAGACCAAACAAGAUGGCUGCCGUCGUCUUUCCCCAAUCGUGUUUAUUAUUAUUUUCAUUUACAUAAGCGCGGGAUUUGGUGGUUGUUGUAAAUUAUGAUUGAAAUGAUGAUUUUCAUCGAGUUGAGUUUAAUAGCAUUUCGUUGAUAAUGUAAUGGUGGACAUCUCUGCUCGUUGAUUAGAUCUUUUAACUUUUAUGGAGGGAAUUGUGUUUUUAGUAGAUUUACAAUGUCAAGUUCUUACAUCGUGGAACCUCGUGAGAACGAUGCAAAGAAGGAUGACACUCUGAUUAUUGUGGUUAAUGACGACGGAACGAUUUCUGUGGACCAGGAGACACUGCAGAAUUUAAUAAUGAAUCAAUCGAAUGCCAACGUGAGUGUCGUCAGAGUUGGUCAGACAGAGACUGAUGCCCCGAAUGGGGAUUUAACAUUCACAGUUGAUCCACCAACGUUUGCUCCUCCAGAUAGCAAUGUGCAUCCAGCACCCACCACUACAACCCCUGAUAUUGUUGAUCCAUUUAUGGAGAUGGAUCCUGAGCAGUUGGAGAGGUUAGAGACUGCACUCCAGAGUGAACAGGCUAAACAAAUCCUCGGGGAGAACGUGACAGCCAUGUUAGACAUGCUGACAGUCGAAGAGGAGCAGAAUUCGAUUCGCUACAGCAUUGAGCUGGACCACUGUUACACCAGUCGUACUUGCCCCGCCGACCCAGUGCCCCUGGACCCGCUGCCGGUGGCGCACUCCCCAGAAGUGGAAAAAUCCGAGCUCUCUCCAAGUGUAAGUGCCCCCACGCAUCUUCCAGAGGUGCUAGAGGACAAGCUCUCCCCAAAAUCCUCCCUUAAGAAGCCAGUGGGCCGUCCCCGAAAGGCGCCCUCAGGUAUCCAAUCUCCCCCAGCCGUUCCAGAUUCACCAAAGCCCGCCACAAAACUCCAAGAGGACGAGGACUCAAGUCAACUCUCGACAUCAGAGUCCUCAGAGUCUGAGCCCUCUGACGAUGAUCUGGACUUUGGUCCCCGUGGUCCCAGGCGAGGUGGCGUGCGAGCUCGAGGUGGUCGCAAAGGCCUGACGACCCGAGGUGGAACAAUGGCGUCGAGACGACCAGGUCGGCCCACGAAACUAGACACAGACCAAGUUCGGAGGCUCAACCUGGAGAUGGCAGCUGCAGUGGACGAGAUGAAGACGCCAGUGAAAUUAGAGUUCGAUCAGAUGGUUCGUCCCAAAAAGCAAAUAAAAACGAUGGGUGGAAAAAGAAAGGAGGAACUACCAAUACCAGUACCAGUACCAGUACCAGCAGUUGCUGUUGAGCCGCCUCCAUCACCGGAGAAGCCCCUUCAAACGACAAAUCAAGUGAAAGCAAAUCUCAUCAGUGCGAAUAUGAUAAAGGGCGACAUGAUUCUGACAAAACCUGGACAAUCUAGGAACAACCAGAAGGUCUACUUCGUCCAGAAAAAGAUCAUGGUGAAGGCGAAUGAGAUAAAGAAUUUGGGGAUCAAGAAAACACCUGUCGUCAUCACCAAGAGCCCGAUCAAGCUUAACAAUCAGAUUCAGACAAAAUUAGGGACUUCAGAGGAUGGAAAAUUAAUAACAGUGAUGGGCAAGACGAUUGCAGUGGCAGCUCCAGUGUUGGAUCCUCCAGUGGAGCCUCCCAGUCAGGUGGCACCUGAGGUACUCAAGGUGGUACCAAUUACUCCAGUGAAGGUGAAACCUCUCGAGGUGAAGAAGGAAAAGAAGGAGAAGGUGGAGCCUCCAAAGAUCCCGGAGACUAAGACUCCUGACACAUCUAAGAAACACGUGAAGAAGGAGCCGAAAAAAUCACCAGGUGUCUUCGUGGAGGCACUGGGACCAGCACUGUUCUCUACUCCGGAUAUCAUUAGGAGAGUCGGGUCUGUGGGGGAGUCGAAAGCUCCCGAGCAUCCUGAACACGCGGAAGUGACUGAUGGAGGCGGAGAGCCAGCGGCAGAGCCUGAGGAUACCCAAAUGAUGACGGCAAAAGUGGAUCUGGUAAAUUUGGAGACUGAUAUCAAACCUAGAGAGGAGUUGCCUGUGGAACCACAUGAAGACGUCACUGGGAGGGUUGAAGCAGCUGCCAGGGAAUUAUUGGGUGAUGGAGACGAUCACAAAGAGAAGCAUGUGGCUGAUGAUCUGAAUGCAGUGCUGGAUCCUGUUGGCAUUGAAGGCAAUGAGCACCUGUUGGCAACUCUGGAGAUGGAAGCUAGUAAGCACGAGGAAGAACUUCUAGCGGAAGCCCUUCUCCUCCAGGAACAACUGGACGUCGAUCUCUCAGAUCCAACAGCCCUCGAUGUCACACCGUCCCUAGCCUCUCCCCUCCUGGCCUCGCCUCCCUUCGAGCCGCCCCUUCUCUCGUCGCUAUCUCCAACUAAGGCCCUAGAGGCACCAGUCUCCCAGCAGUCUCCUCUAUCCUCCCCAACCGAUCAGAAAAAGAAAGACGCAAAAGAGCCGAUUCAAAUUGUCAGAGGCGGGAGAGUAAUUACGCUUCCCCCCAUCGAGGCUCCUGCCACCAGGAGCAAACGUCUCCAGUCAAAGACCGAGUCCUUCCCAAAGCUCCAGGGUCUACCCAAACGAGAGGAGAAAAUCCCCAAGCCAUCCAUCCUCUCUCAUCCAAAGAAAGCCGAGGAAAUGGACUCCGAAAUCGACGACGACGACGAAGAAGAGGACAACUCAGACUCCGAGGACGAUCCAAAUCGUCUUUGGUGCAUCUGUAAACGUCCCCACAACAAUCGAUUCAUGAUCUGCUGUGAUGUCUGUGAAGACUGGUUUCAUGGCAAAUGCGUUCAUGUGUCUACAGCAAUGGGCCAACAAAUGGAGGAGCAGGGGAUCGAGUGGGUCUGUCCGAACUGCUCCAAGAAGAAGGGCGAUGAGCCCAGUAGAUCGCAAAAGAUAGGUAAAAUUCCUAAGCCAGAGGUGCUGUCUCCAAAGACCCCAAUUGAGACACCUGAGAAAUUGGUCAAGCCAGAGGUGGUCAGGGCGCCACCCGUAGCCGGUGGUGUGACACAGUGCGUCGUCUGCAAAAAAGAAGCGAGGAACUCGAGCAUCUACUGCUCAGAUGUUUGUAUUUUAGCGCAUGCCCAAGAGGCACUGACCAAAGACAAGAUCCAGUUGACUACGAAGACCCCUAAGGAUGGAGUGAAGGAGUCUCGAGUGAUUGUUUUUGAACGAAAAACAGGGAAAUUACUGACUGGAACUGACGCACCGACGAGAUCCAACCUCCAGAACUGGUUGAAAGAGCAUCCGACAUUUGAGGCGGUUCGUCCAAAUAGUCUGAAUACUAUUCAGAUAGGCGGCAAGACGAUGACAGCGAUUCAAACAUCUGGAAAAUUAAAAUCAGCACCUGGUACACCAGCUAAGAUGGUGUAUGCCAAGGUGGCUGGAUCCAAGCAGACAAUCCUAGCUCCGAGUAAGAAAAUCACUCUGGUGUCCGCCCAUACGCCCCAAUUGAAGCUCCAGAAACCAGUGCCGGCUAAAAGCCCCCAGGUUCUCAAGCAAAUGACUAUCAAAACUGUUCCCCAUUCCAGCAAGUCUCCAGUUGUUAUUAAACCGCAGGUGGCCACCAAGAAGAUCGAACUGAAACCAAGUCCAUCAUCGCAGAAGAUCCUCCCUAAGCCACUAGGCUCCAAGAAGUCAGAGCCUGAACCGAUAAGACUGAACAUUAGGAAGUCGUUGACCGAAGCCUUGACAUCGCGGAUCAAAGAGACAGAGGACCUCAAGCUGUCUGACGAUGAGAUAACAGAGCUGGCCUUGAACAUCGAAGUGGAGAUGUACAAGUACUUUAAAGACACUGGGACCAAGUACAAAGCCAAGUACAGAAGUCUCUCGUUCAACAUAAAGGACACGAAGAAUUUGACUCUUUUCAGGAAGAUUGCUGACAGAUCGUUAACACCAGAUGCCGUUGUCAGGCUGAGUCCUGAGGAGAUGGCGAGUCAGGAGUUGGCUGAGUGGAGAGAGAAGGAGACAAAGCACCAAUUGGAGAUGAUAAAAAAGAACGAGCUUGAUCUCAUGGCGCAGGCUAAAUCAAUUGUCGUUAAAACACACAAAGGGGAGCAGAUAAUUGAGAAUGAGGGUGGUCUCGAGGCUGUGGAUCCCAAGACACCUGUUCAGGACAUUGUCACGGUUCUAAACAGCGCUGAUAACACAUGUUCAGACAUUCUUGAGGAGAAAGAGGAGACGACGUCUUCCUCGAUCGAAGACUCCAGGAUGAAAGUAUCCAAGCACGACGACAAGAAGAAAAAGAAGGACAGGGAGAGAGACAAGGAUGGACACAAGUCAAGGGACAAAGAGCACAAGGAUUCGAAAAGGGAAAGGAGCUCGAGCAGGAGUAGGAGGCAUCGUUCUAGAGAUCGAAGCAGGGACAGGAGAAAAAGUAAAGAGGGCAAGAGAGAGAAGGAGAAGGAUCGAGAGAGAGAUAAGGACCGGGAGAGGUCGAAGGAGAAGGAUAAAUCGAAGGACAAGGAUAAGGACAGGUCGAGGAGAAGUAGCAAAGGCAGCAGUAGAUCGAAGAGCAGUCACAGGGAGAAAGAGAAGAAGCGAAGUGAGGAUGAGGAUAAAAAGAAGAUGGAUGAGAAGAAGAAAGAGUCCACUGUACCCCCACUGGAGAAACCCAUUGAAGACCGACUCUGGAGGCAUGUCGAGGAGGACACAACGACCAAUACUCUCGAUGGUAAUGAUUCUGAUGUUUCUGACAGGGAACCCAGUUCCACAGUUAACAUCAAGACUCCUGAUAUCAACGAGGAUCUGGAGAAAGAGAAAGAAGUGGUAAUAAGUAUUGAACAACCUCUAUCAGUCUCUCCAUCCAAGGAAGUGGUGAAUGGGCCAUCACAGACGGUUUGGCGAGGCUUUGUAAAUAUGCCGGACGUUGCUAAAUUCUUCAUAACAGCUCAGGAAAUUAGUGGGCAUGCCAAAGACCUCAUGGACGAUCUGCCAGACUCCAUUGACGUUGUGGGAAGAAUCGGUCCUGAGACUGUUUGGGAGUACAUGUCCAAGAUGAAGAAAAAUGGAUCCAAGGAGAUCCUAGUUAUUCGACUAACAGCUGCCAACGACGAGGAGAAGAUUCCCUACAUUACUCUGUACAGUUAUCUGAACAGCAGAAGUCGACUUGGAGUAAUUGGAGCGAUCUCGAACAAUAUCAAGGACUUUUACAUAAUGCCCUUCUCGAGUAACAGUCAGGUACCCCCAAUCUUGAGGCCUCUCAUUGGCCCAGGCUUCGAAGAAAACAGACCGCAUUUAUUACUCGGUAUUAUCAUCAGGAACAAGAGAAAACGUCCCUCGGUGGCGCCUAUUGCUCAGCAUCCCCUGAAGCUCCUGAAAAAGGAAUCUGACAGGAGCUACACCCCUCCGCCAGUACAUAUCAAGGAAAAGAUCUCGUCCUCCUCAGAGAAGUCUCAUGAUCACGGUGAUAAACCUAUGAUAACCCAGACGACAUUGAAUUCCUUGAAUAAAGCUCAACUGGGUAUAUCGAGGAAUCUGAUGGAUUCAUCAGUGAUUUCAAAAAUUGUUCCGGAAUUAUCCUCGAAACUGGAUCUGACGUCGUCACCAGGAAAACCCCAGGAAGAUCCCGAUGACGGUGACGAGCCCUACAGCCCUGGGGAAAUUGACGACGAGCCUGAUGACAGUUUAAUGAAACUGUCAACAAGCAGCUUACUGCCAGCAAAGAACUCCAACGAAAUCCAGAGAAAAGUUGAGGAAUUAAAUCGUAGGAUAGAAGAGCAGAAGCAGCAGAUCCUAAUGUCAUCAUCAUUCCUGGAGGAGUCACCAUUACCUGGCUUGGGUAUGGAUCCACCAGAGGACGAGGCUUACAGUCCAACAGAUGCCAGAUCAUUCACUCCUCCACCUCAAUCGCUUCCAAAAUUUCCACAGCCAAUUCUCGACAAAGUCCAGGACAUAACAAUACCAGCGAAUCUCCAGGAGAUUCUGGCCAACGUGAAGAGGCAGGAGAGCAGUAAAAUCGAUCCUUAUCUUCCUUCAAAGCCUGGGGCAUCGUUCUUGACGCCCAUCAAUGCACCUGUGAAAAUCGAGCGGACUUACACACCGACAGCUGUUUCCAAGGAGACCAAGAGCACUCUUAGAUCUCUGAGUGAUCUGGACCUCAUCAAGAAGGCGGAGGAGGAGUUGGCAGCGGUGGCAGCUGCGUCUGGAUCUGUAGAGUCUCCUUUGCCACACACACCUGUUGACGCUGACGGUAGUUUUGGAAUCAAGGAUGCUCUUGAUGUCAGCUAUCCUGGGGGCCUUACCGCGGCAACAACUCGAGUCUCUGAUCAACCGAAACCACCGGGCGUCGAGGACGAGGAGGUUUCCAUGUUCUCAGCUUCAUCUGCUACUGCGGAAACGAGGAUCGAGUCGAGUCCAAAGUUUGUACCCAAGAGUGGAGUUGUUAUCAGCGUUAAGAGGAAAUUAAAUGACGAUGGGAGUGCAAUCUCACCCCCUAAAGCGCCGAGGACAAAGUCUAGGUGGGGUCAAGGACCCGCCGACUGAAUUAUUUGUUAUUCGUAGGUUUUCAUUAUUUUUCAUAGUGUUUUGGAGUUUUACGGGGAGAGGGGAGGGGAGUUCAUUUGAGGUGAUCCUGGGGGGGUUGGGAAUUCAGUGGAUUCUAAUAAUUUCGGUCAGUGGUACCAAAACGGAAAUAAUUCGAAUAAUUUUAAAUUCUCGAAUUUUACGUAUGUCAACUGCCAAAAUUUCAUUGUUUUUAUUGUGGGACAUAAAUAUUAACAUUGAGAAAAUUCUUUUCCGAACAUGUCUAUAGAAAAUUCUAUUGAUUUUCCUUAUCAGAUAUGCGUAAAUGCCAGCAGUAAAUUUUGUAGGUAGGAGCAUCAGUAGAAUGCGUAUUCAACUUUCACAUUAUCCGCAGAUUAGUUUGUAAAAAAAAUAAAUUCUUGCAUUUCAAACUAGCCACGCCACUGGAUGCCCUUUUUUUUAUUGGGAUGGAUCCUCAAAGGAGCUCUUCAACCCCAAUCAUCGCUCACUUAACAUUUCCAUCGGUACAUCAAUGAAAUAACGAAACCCAGUGCCCGAACUCAUUUUCACACCAACAAUCUUCCCCUCUGUAAAUACCAAAGUGACAGGCAACACAAUUGAUACUUUGUCAUCCUGUUUCACUCGGGGAGACUAAGCUUUUUCGCCUGUACAUAGCCUAAGAAGAAGAACAAUACGAUAAUGUCAGGAGUUCCCUUUGUAAAAUAUUUCGCAAGUUUUAAAAUGAUCAAAUUGUCUCAAGGAUGGGCGACGAAUAAAAGAAAAAAAUUGAAAGUAUUGUAGGAGAUACUUUGAAUAAAAACUGUGGCUGUGUAUAUACUGGGAACGUAUUUAUAUUUGAGUUCGUUUCGAUUUAAUCUGCGACGUCGUCCUCCAUUUUGGUUAUUUUCUUAAUAAUUUUUUUUAAGAAAAGGGAGAAAAUGUAAAAAAAAAAAACAAAUAAAACAUCAAUAUGAGAGUGUCCCGAUGGUAGCUGUCAGGGCAUACGAAGAAUUUUUAUAGAAAAAAACCAGGGAAUAAAGGGGAAAAUUCUAUUGGAUUUCUUCUUUUGAUAUUGAGAAAUUUAUGCAACUUCUGUUAUUGAAGGAUUUCCUAUAGAAAUUUCUCAGUUAAAAUUUUCCCAUUUUUUGUUUUAUUUUUUUUAAUAGAGGGAAAAUCCAGAGAGUGGAAAAAAUUGGAAAAAUUCUAUAAAAAUGAAGUUUUAUUAAUUUUUUUAUCGCUAAUAAAAUAACGUGAUAAUCCGAUAAAAAAUUUUGUUUCUAAUUUUGAACUUCUAUCAAGUAUUCUGUUGAUUUAUUUAUGUUUAUCUCCACUUGCAAAUAAAAAAAAAUGGCAUAAAUUAUUCUGGAUGGGUCCUAUCAGAAAUCCAGAUUUUUUAUCCCAUUCCCUGAGUUUUUCUACAAAAUUUUUUCGCUUGUGAUUUCAUUAUACUUUUUAUUUACUGCUGAUAACAAUCUAGACCUAGGAUGGUGCAAUUCCUAUCAAACUUCCAGGAUGAAAGGAAAAAAAAUCGUAGGAGGAACAUUAUGAGCUGUACAAAUAUCUUCCUUUGAGGAUCUUCCGUGUAACUGUCGAGUUGAAACGCCAUUGCUGAUGGCAAUUCAGUUAUAAUUGUACGAAGUAUGAGAACACGAGGAGGGUUGAUUUAUUUGUGAUGCCUGUCAACCGGGGAAGAGGCGAUUAGUUCUAGUUAUUUCGCACAAAUGCUGACAUUUGGAGACGGCUCUGAUGCUUCGUUGUAGGAGUUUUCGUUUCGUAAUGGAGUCGGGAGAACAGGAAAAAAUUACCAAUUGGGUUUUAUUGAACAAUUUCCGUAUAAAAAAACCGGAUGAACAAAUUCUGGGUUGCGAGGGCUAAAAAAAUCCAUUCAUCUUUUUUCCCCGAUAAAUUUUGAAUCCAAAAACGAUAGUUUUGUCAAUGUGCUUUUUCAUCUGAAUAUCGAUAAUUGAGGGAUGAAAUCUGCUUUUUUUUCAACUAAAGUAUUAAAUUUUUAUCUGUUCUCCCCUGGCCAUUAAUUUUGCUCAUCCCACGCUACUUUUAGAAAUCUCUCUUUUUGUAAUGAAAAUAAUAAAUCAAGCUAAUUCAUUAGAAUAAGGAUGAAAAAUGUGAAAAUGGUCUUUCUGUACAAAUUAAGCACAUCUAUAGUAGUAAGUGUGUAAUCGAGGCAACCGGCGUAAUUGUCGAGUUGUCAUGUUUCAUAAUAAAAAAACGGAUAUCCUUGAUCUAAA